GUCGUCGAUCCGUCGGGCGCACAUCCACAACUGCUACCCCUCUUCUUCUCCCGUUCCAUCCUGACGUCUGUGCCGCCGCCGGCGAGUUCCCGCUAGCUAUAAACCCGGGUACGGUCUCCGCAAGUCUACCAAGUCUCACAAUGUGCUUUUAUUUGUAAAUAAAUCGACUACUCCACGCCGGAAUUUUUUUGAUUUUCCAUCGAUGAUCGGCUGAUUGUCGGGGAAUCGUCGGACGAGUGAGUUGUGCUCGGUAUUCGGUGCCGGUUGUGAUGCACAAGCACGUGGUGAACUGGUCCUCGAGGCGAGUGAUCGUCGGGCGAGAUUAAGGAAAUCGGGAUGACUCCCGGGAACUGAAAUUUUUCGGGGGUAUCUGGCAUUUUCGAGCGGUGAUGGGGAGGGUCUUGUCGCGGAUUUGCUUGUGGAUUUUUCUGGAAAGUGGAGAAAUUUAUUUUCGGAGACCUGCGCCGACGGUGCGUGAAACAAUCGUCUCCUGGAAUAUGAGAAACACGAACGAACAUAUGAUGUAGAGGUGCCAGUGUUCACCGUGAUGCUGAAGGAAGUCGGUUGCGGUAGCAGUACACCCCCACCUGGGGACACAACACCAGCUGGUCGUCGAGAUAAUCAGGGGGAUUCAGGUAGCUCCGAGGGUGGAUUGGCGUGUGGGGGCUGCGGUCGGGAUAUUGCGGAGAGGUGGUACCUGAGGGCUGCUGAUCGGGCAUGGCACUGCGGAUGCCUCAGGUGCUGUCAUUGUCGAGUGCCACUCGCUGCUGAACUCACUUGCUUCGCCAGGGAUGGCAAUAUCUACUGCAAGGAGGAUUACUAUCGGCUCUUCGCUGUCUCCAGGUGCUCAAGAUGUCGGGCUGGAAUAUCUGCAUCGGAGCUGGUGAUGAGGGCCAGGGAACUUGUCUAUCACGUCGCCUGUUUCGUCUGCGCAUCUUGUGGGGUUCCUUUAAAUAAGGGGGAUCACUUCGGACAGAGGGAUGGCCUCGUCUACUGCAGGCCUCACUACGAGUUGAUCUGCUGCACGGCGGAUUACGGUAGUACUCCAGGUAGCGUGGAGGACUUGGGAUCACCAGGAGUCUCGCCCUUGCCCUCGUACUACAGUGCUCCGGAGCAGAGUCCGGUGGCGUCAGUGGGUUCCGUCCAAAAGGGCCGACCACGAAAGCGAAAACUCUCUGAAGUCACCGGAUCAGAACUCCCGGUGACGAUGAGGCUCGCAUCAGGCGCCCUCGAACUCCUGCACCCGAAUGAGCUCUCGUCCUCCAUGGAGUCUUUGACUGCUUACGACACGUCCGUGGGAUCUCCAGGACCAGUCCACCAGAGCCAGAGGACCAAACGCAUGAGGACGAGUUUCAAGCAUCACCAGCUGAGGACCAUGAAGAGCUAUUUCGCUAUUAAUCAGAACCCCGAUGCCAAGGACCUCAAGCAAUUGGCGCAGAAGACCGCAUUGUCCAAACGAGUGUUACAGGUGUGGUUUCAAAACGCGCGAGCCAAAUGGCGUCGCAACAUGAUGCGUCAGGAAGGUAACCACGGUGGGAGCAAUGUGGGUUGUCCGGGUACCCCAGUCUCCUCAUCAACGGGUAAUUCCCCAAACAUUGGAACAAACGCGGCAUUCUUGGGGGACAGCAACAGCCAGCCCUCAACCUCGAUGGAGGAGAUCCACGCACUCCAUCACCUCCACUCAGGCGUAUCCUCCCAGAUGUCCUUCUCCGAUCUCUAUUGACAACGAAUGGAGGAGGAGGACAGCUUCUCCUCUGGCUACCCCGGAUGAAUAAACGAAUCAUUCAUCCAAUAAAAGACUUACGGUGCUACGUGUUAACGGUUUAAUCUGAACCCCCCAACAGACUCAAUAGAAUCGAGAAAAAAAAAAAUUGAGUUCAGAAAACUCCACUAGUCACUAGACCACAACGCAGUCUAUUUCAUUGAAAUUAACUCGUUUAGACGUAAUACGUGAUAAUAAUCGUAGUUGGCAGAUCCGAAUUACCAAAGUGAUUAGACAAUAGGUUUGAAAGUGUGUCGACAGUGAUUGAGGAUUGGGGAGCGUCUGCAAUAAUCAUUCCUUUCUUCAUUUCCAGUGUCAUAACGAAUGUCUCGGAUGUUUAUUUAAAUCCAGCAUCAUUGUAAAUUAAAUUGAGAAACAAGUGUAAAAUGUGUGAUG